GAUACCGGUGAGAUGGUGCGAGACGUCAGGCGUGUGGCGUUCACGCAUAUGUGCACCACACUUCUGUGGCUAUUCACCUGUUUCAACGGUCUCCACUCCGUUAAAAUAUCAAGAUUAAUAGUGCCAGAAAUAAUUCAAUAUGGUGUUCAAGACUCAGUUAUAUUAGACUGUGAUUAUACUUAUGGUAAUAAUACGGCAGGACUUGUAGUAAAAUGGUUUUUCAAAAACAAAGCGCGGCCCGUAUACCAGUGGAUUCCAUCACAAAAACCUCAGGACUUAGGAAUUUUACGAGGUCGAGUCGACCUUACGUAUAGAGCGUCGAAUGACCCUCUUAAAAUGCACAGGGCUUUAAGAAUCAUAAAGCCAGACACAGAAAUUUCUGGUGAAUACACAUGUGUAGUAUCAACAUUUAUGGAGGAAGACUCUAGGACUAAGCAGAUGAUUGUUUUUGUACCGGAGACACAUUUCCGGCUGAUGCAGAACAAGUCUGAUGACGACACGGUGAACGUCAUCUGUGCGGCGGACGGCGCGUUUCCUGCCCCCAACCUCACCAUCGCCACACUUGAGAGGCGACUGGAUUCAGUCACUCACGUGCACAAGCUGGAGAAUGGGAGGUAUUCGGCUUACGCAUCAGUCACUCUGAGGGAUAGUGACCUCCCGAACCCGGCAGAGUUCAUUUGCACCCUCAGGAUACCACAAGCGAAGUACGCUGUUAGAAAAGAAACUUUAUAUUAUCCAGGUCCCAUCAGCACCACACCUGAGAUGCCGACAGCAGCAGAUAUGCAACUAGCCGCUGCAGUUGGAGCAUCGAAAGGGCUCGAUUACCAAAAUUACACUGAGAGGCCUCUCAAUUCCCUUUAUUUAAUCCCCGAAUGA